ACGAGGCCGCCCCUCGGCGCCGUAGCCCCGCCCAACGGUCCCGGAGAGCUCCCCUGGCCGGCUGCAGUCCCGCGCACUGGGGGCAGCCGGAGGCGGCGGCGGAGGCGGCGGCGCUGCUGCAGAAGAGCACACGCCGAGUGGCGCCAGGGCGAAGGGUCGGGCUGCUGCUGCUGCUGCUGCUGGGCAGGAGCGUCCCCACUCCCGGAGGAAGAGCUCCGGAGCGUGUGCAGAGGGCCUGCCUGCCUCCCGCCCCACGCCAGCCCCGAUUGAGAGCCGCUUCCUCUUCUCCCGCGCCUGCUGCAGGGAUGAUGGUUCCGGAAGAGCUGGAGGCGGUGCUGAGCGGCCAGGGCUGGCCCGUGCCCCCGCAGGGCUGCGAUUCGGGGCCCCCCGAGCCGGCCCACCUGCGCAGAAACACCUGCUACAUUGUGCUGGCGGUGCUGCUGAACGAGGAGAACGAAGUGCUGAUGAUGCAGGAAGCCAAGAGCGAAUGUCGCGGGCGGUGGUACCUGCCGGCUGGCCGGAUGGAGCCCAAGGAGACCAUUGUGGAGGCCAUGCAGAGGGAGGUGCAGGAGGAGACCGGCCUGCAGUGCCGGCCCCUCACCCUGCUGGCCGUGGAGGAGAGAGGCCCCACCUGGGUCCGCUUCGCCUUCCUUGCUCAGCCAACCGGCGGCACCCUGAAGACCCUGCAGGAGGCUGACGCAGAAUCUCUCCAGGCCCGCUGGUGGGACAGGGAGUCUCCGGCCCUCCCGCUGCGCGCCCAGGACAUCGUGCCCCUGAUGGACCUCGCGCUGCAGUAUCGCGCCAGCCCGGCCCACCCGCCCACCCUCCCCGCGGAGCUGCCCUGCACGCCCGUCUGCCAGCGGCUGCUGGUGGCCUUUGCCGGCCGUGGGGGGGCCCUGUGGCUGCUCCUGGCCACCGCGGGGUCUCCCCACCUGCCGCUGGCCGCCAGCGAGUUGCCCCCCUCCCGGCGGGGCGAGGGGCUGGGGGCAGCCGUGCAGCGGCUCCUGCGGGAGUGCCUGGCCCAGCCCCAGGCCGCUCUCUGCAUCCGGGGCCUGCUUGGCGUCCAGCACUCGGGCCAGGAGCCCGGCCGGAGCGACGGGGUCUGCUUCAACACCGUGGCGACCAUCGGGGGCCCGGGCGGCCAGGAGGCGCCCCCCGAGCUGAAGGGCCAGGGCUUCGUCUGGUGGAAGGUGGAGGAGGAUGCCCUGAGGAGCAGGAUCCUGCCGCGGCUCAGCGCCUCCUCCUUGGUCCCCAUGCCCAGCUAGGUCCCUCGCCAAGGAGUGGGCUUGGGGAGCGGCAGCGCUGGGGCCCCCGGCUGGCAGCGGACGGAGCUGUGCGGACCAGACUCCGGGGCUGGGGCUGUUUCUGGGGAGGCCUCGGCGACAAUCAAGCGCCUGCUGCAGCCUUGGGCAGUGGAGGGGGCUGCUGGCCAGAUACCUGCAGCGGGGGCCCCGCCACGGAAGGGCAGCCCACAGCCCCUGCCGCCUCCCCGUCAAGCUCAAGAGCCACUGCAAGCUGCCUGCUCCCCACUGCGCCCGUCCCCACAGCUGCUUCCAUGGCUGGAUCCUCUGCGCAGUUGAGAAGGUGCAAUUCAAACGGCCCGGAUCCCAGGCCUCUUGCACAACGGCCUGCAAGGCGGCAACUUGCACAGCUGGAUAAGAAAUAAAGACGGAACACAGCCCCCGGGGUGACGUCUGGGCUGCGUCUCUCUCUGUCCGGUCCAGGCAGGCAGGCAGAAUGACAGGCCAGAGCCUCGGGGUUUCCACCAGUGGCUUGUUUAUUUCAGGCACAGGCAAGGCACGGCCAGCCCAGUCCUGUCAGCAGCAGGGAGAGGCCAAGCCGUGGGGCAGUGCGUGUGUGCGUGUCAAGCAGGGGGGUGCUCACGUCUCCCCCUCCGGGUCCAUUCGUCACGGAUUCGUCACCUCUCAAGAAGUGUGUUUCCGGGUUGCCUGGAUAAGCCCUGCCCAAGAGGCUCAGCCAGAGAAGGGCCGGGAGGGGGAAGGAACAGGAAAGGGGCUUCCUGAGGAGCUGUGACUGGGAAGAUGGACCGGGGUGGGUGGGGGGGCAGGAGCGGAACAGAACCUCAGCCCGGUUGGGCAGGCCCAGAGGUGCCCCCCCGCCCCCCGCAGUCAUUCCAGGCUGGAGAAGAGAGGCUGCAAGCUUAGCUGCGGGGGCUUUCUCGGUGCUUGCAGCAUAUGCUCACAUCCAGAACUACCGCGGGGGCCACCCACGAGCAGCAAUACAGAGGAAGCAGUUCAGGGCAGGAAGCCCCCCCACACUCCCAAGCACCACAGACCUAGUCGUGACUAGU